AUGAAGUACAUCCACUCUGAGGAAGAGCUCGAGAUCCCCGAGGGCGUCAAGGUCCAGAUCAAGAACAGAAAUGUUCUCGUUGAGGGCCCUCGCGGCAAGCUCACAAAGUCUCUCGGUCACUUGGCGGUCAGCUUCACGCACCCCAAGAAGAACCUCAUCAAGAUCGAGCUCCACCACGGUUCCCGCAAGAGCGUCGCCACCCUCCGCACUGUCCGCACCCUGAUUAACAAUUUGAUCAUCGGUGUCACCAAGGGUUACAAGUACAAGAUGCGUUACGUAUAUGCCCAUUUCCCCAUCAACGUCAACCUGGACAAGAACAAGGAGACCGACUGCUGGGAGGUUGAGAUCAGGAACUUCAUCGGCGAGAAGCUCGUACGAAGGGUCGUCAUGAGGCCCGGUGUUGAGGUUGAGGCAUCAAAGAACCAGAAGGAUCAGCUCGAGCUGUCCGGAAACUCGCUCGAGGACGUCUCCCAAGGUGCCGCCGAUAUCCAGCAAAUCUGCAAGGUCCGCAACAAGGAUAUCCGAAAGUUCUUGGACGGUCUGUACGUGUCGGAGCGCGGCAACAUCGUUGAGGACGCGUAA